ACUUCCUGAGUGGUUAGACCACCCACUCGGCAGCUUCGUUGGCUCGUUCUAUUUUUUAAAAAGGGGUAGAAAACAAAUCCUUCACCAACUUACAGGGCAUGCAAUUGGAAUUUGGAAGCUACAUCUUAGACUAUAAUUUGUUGUUAAACCAACGGAACCACCAUGACAGCCACACAUGGUUGGAUUGGCUUCUCUUCCAAUUUAUUCAGCACUGCUGCGCCGGGGAAAAGACUUUGAUGAUCGAGAAUCUUCUCCUGGUCGUGGACCGGCCUUGCAUUUCAUGGCUUCCACCCGUCCAUUUUCUAAACGAAAAGCAAGCAAGCUCCCAUGAUCACACCUGGCGCCUCCCUUUCUCCUUUCCCCCCACUAACUCCUCUCUUCAUUACAUGGCUGCUUCGUGUAUGAUUGCAAUCCCGCCGCGCGCGGCAGGCGUUUGAAGGAAUGCUGCAGUUGGAAUCAACCAACACGGUUUCUUUAUUCUCUUUUUUUUUUUUGGUCUAAAUUCCAUGCUUGCACGCAUCUCAAGCCCUUCUUUGAGAGGUGUGUGCACAGACCCAAACUAUUAAAUUGGGUAGACUCAAUUAACUGGUGUUAGUACUUGCACGUCUCAGAAACCAAAGAGUUGCUUAACGGGGAAGGCUAAGCUGCAACCACGGUGCAUUUGGGUUGAUAGCUAGUGCCGCGUCAAUGCACGCCAUGCUGACCAUCGUAUGUCGCAAUUAGUGGCGUCCACGCGCAUGAUUUCGUUGACGGGUCCCUUCCGUUCUCCCCCUACCAUCACGUCCGUCCAUCUUCCAUCGUCCAUCGUGGAUAUAAAAUCCCAGAUUGGGAAGCGUGAAGAGAGAGAGAGAUCUCCUUAUAAUUAAAGUAACAAAAUAAGCAAGAAAAACGAAAACAAAAAAACUGAAUUUAAUACCCAGUUCAAGUCCGGUUUCUGCUCCGUGCAGAGACGGUGGCGGACGCAGCGGCGGAUCCCGACAGAGAGAAGAAAAAAAAACCGAUCCGAGAAAGAGCGAGCGGGCGGGCGAGAGCCCAUGCCUCUUUGUCCGCCUCCUCCGGCAUAGGAUAAGUUAACGUUUGCCGUGGAUGGGCCAGUCCUCCUCCACCCCCUGCCACCGCCGCCCGAAACCCCCCUUCGCCGCUCCCCGGCCGUCCGCCACGAUGAUCCCGGAGGCCGCCAUCUCCACAGACUCCACCGGCUCCGUGUGGGACCACACGGCCGACCUCCCCGACGAGUGCCUCGCCCUCAUCUUCCAGUCCCUCGGCUCUGGCGACCGCAAGCGGUGCUCCCUCGUCUGUCGUCGGUGGUUAGCCGUCGAGGGCCAGAGCCGCCACCGCCUUUCCCUCGACGCCCGUGCCGCCCUCCUGGAGGUCGCACCCUCCGUCUUCGCCCGCUUCGACGCUGUCUGCAAGCUCGCCCUCAAGUGCGACCGCCGCUCCGAUAGCAUCGGCGACGAGGCCCUCGCUCUCAUCUCCGUCCGCUGCCCCAAUCUCACCCGCCUCAAGCUCCGCGCCUGCCGCGCCAUCACGGAGCGUGGGAUGGCCGCCCUCGCCAAGCACUGCCCUAACCUCCGCAAGCUCUCCUGUGGCUCCUGCACCUUCGGCGCCAAGGGCGUCGAGGCCGUCCUCCGGGGGUGCGCCCUCCUCGAGGAGCUCUCCAUCAAGCGCCUCCGCGGCCUCUCCGACGCCUCCGCCGACCCCGUGAGCCCCGGCGCUGCCGCCACCUCCCUCCGCUCUGUCUGCCUCAAGGAGCUCUACAACGGCCAGUGUUUCGCCCCCCUCAUCGCCGGCAGCCCCAACAUCAAGAUUCUCAAGCUCUCCCGAUGUUCCGGCGACUGGGACCGGCUCCUCGCGGCUAUCGCUGACGGCGUCCCGGGGAUUGUUGAGAUCCACCUCGAGAAGCUCCAGCUCAGUGACCGUGGCCUCGCCGCCCUCUCCUUCUGCGCCGAUCUCGAAGUCCUCCACCUUGUGAAGAUCCCCGAAUGCACCGAUGCUGGUCUCGCGACCCUCGCCGACAAGUGCCGUCUCCUCCGGAAGAUCCACAUCGACGGAUGGAAGACGAACCGGAUCGGCGACGAAGGCCUCAUGGUCGUGGCCCGGCGGUGCCCCAACCUUCAGGAGCUGGUCCUGAUCGGGGUCAAUCCGACGACUUUAAGUUUGGGGCUCAUCGCCAGUAAUUGCCGUAACCUGGAGCGCCUCGCUCUCUGUGGCAGCGAGACCUUUGGGGACGCCGAGAUGUCCUGCAUCGCUGCCAAAUGUACGGCUUUGAAGAAGCUCUGCAUCAAAGGAUGCCCGGUCUCGGACCAGGGGAUGGAGGCCCUCGCGGAGGGGUGCCCGAAGCUGGUGAAGGUGAAGGUGAAGAAGUGCCGGGGGGUGACGCCAGAAUUUGUUGAGUGGUUAAGAGCGAGCAGGGCAACACUGGCUGUCAACUUGGAUAUUGUUAGCCAAAUUGAGCAACCAGAUGCGACAUUAAGUGAGAGUGGAAUUCUAGAUAAUGGCAGCGAGCUGCUUCCAGCGAUGGUGGAUCAGAUGGCCUCUGUGGAGCUUCCGUCGAGCAGUAAUGGUCGAUCAUGUCCAUGGAAGGCUAGGAUGGGCUUUCUGGUGGGGAGGAAUUUCUUCGCCUCCACUUUCAGGCGAUGGUCCCAUGGGAGCAGCAAUCCACAUCGCUCAUGAAAAAAGGGAAAGAGAAGAACUCUUUCGUUCGCUGUUUACAUUCUUAGUAUAUGCAUCUGUAUGUUAAUUAGCUUCUUCAUAAUUUAGGCUGUAGCUCUAUCAUUAUUGUUGGUGAUAAGCUGUUCGCUGCUGUCUUCUGGAAUUGAAUUAUAGGUAGUUUUGUCGCUUAAAGUGGUCGAUCAUUACUUUUUUCUGGCAUCCUUUUCCCACCUUGGUCUAUGAAUUGUUUGUGUUAUGUUUAUUCAGACUUUUUAUGUUUAUAAUGGCACUACCUUUCAUAUUCAUUGGCAA